CUCUGCCGGAGUUCAUGGCUUCUCCUAGCAAGGCUGUAAUAGUGCCUGGGAAUGGAGGCGGGGAUGUGGCCACCCACGGCUGGUAUGGCUGGGUGAAGAAGGCGCUGGACCAGAUACCUGGUUUCCAGUGUUUGGCUAAAAACAUGCCUGAUCCAAUUACAGCCCGAGAGAUCAUCUGGCUGCCCUUCAUGGAGACAGAGCUGCACUGUGAUGAGAAGACCAUUAUCAUAGGCCACAGUUCUGGGGCCAUUGCAGCCAUGAGGUAUGCAGAAACACAUCGAGUAUAUGCCAUUGUAUUAGUGUCUGCAUACACAUCAGACUUGGGGGAUGAAAAUGAGCGUGCAAGUGGAUAUUUCAACCGCCCCUGGCAGUGGGAGAAGAUCAAAGCCAACUGCCCUCACAUUGUACAGUUUGGCUCCACUGAUGACCCUUUCCUUCCCUGGAAAGAACAACAAGAAGUGGCUGACAGGUUGGAAGCCAAAUUGUACAGAUUCACUGACCGUGGCCACUUUCAGAACAUGGAUUUUCCUGAACUGAUUAAUGUGGUAAAGUCUAUGCUGAAAGUACCAGCACAGGCACAGUGAUUUCUGCUGUUUUGCAUGCCAAUGUAAUAGAGCAAUUAUAAGAUUAUAGAUAAUCAUAAAAAAUGCCUGCAAAAACAAACAUUAGUUUCAAUGUUCAAAUUAAAUUACAAACAGCAUUUCUAUUUUCUGUAGACUCUCCAUCUCCCCAACUUGCUAUGAACUAAAGCAGUAUUUUCCCAGUAUGAUAAGGGACAUAAGGACAUCUCAGACAUCCAGUGAGUAAGACAGAAAUGGAACCCAGGUUUCCUGACUUCCAGUCCAGAGUAAAACUAAAUAGAUUUCAUGUAUGUUAUAAGAGUUGUACUUCCUUUUUGAAGUGAAACUUUUCUAUUUUAUUGGAGAAAGAAAACAUGACUAAAGGUCCAGAGUGUUGGCUUGGAGCUCAAAACACUAGCUUGCUUGUUUUGAGCUGGCCCAGGAUAUUAAACCCAGACUGGGGCCUUCUUCACCUUUGACACCAUGCCCCCCAACCUGUUUGAGUCCCUCAAACAGGUUGAGAGAGAAUAAAUUAUAAGGAUGCUAUGAAGCAGGUGUUUGCAAGGAUCAGGCAGGGAAUGUAACCAGUCACCUUUUUUGUAUAAGACCUUAGUGGUAAAGGUAAGGGCAAUGUGGAGAACUCAUGUCAUGUGGAAAUGUGGCAAGGUGUGGCCAAUUUUCUGAUUUUUAAGAAAAAACUUUAUACAGUGGUUUUUAUAUUCAGGGAAGAUAUAUGUACAUUGUACACAAAUUAUGUCCAGUUUAUAUACAUAUGGAUUAGUUGGCAACUACAGUAUAAAGAAAAAAUUUAAAAACACUGUAACACACAAAGUACAAGCCAUCCAUUUGUGGCCUAUAAAUAUUAACUUAGCCAGGCGCUUUAAAUGAUUCUCUAUAAAGCCUGAGAAAUGAACACAAUGUCAAAGGAUAAAAUCACAGAAACAAUUUGGAUUUUGUUACAGUCUUAAUUAUUUUUUAAAAUAAUCUUUCCAUUCCUCAAAUUUUUGUUCUGUAGAGUUCUACCUUUUAACCUCUAUGGUCCUUUAGAUCAUUUCAAGCAUCAUUCCAUGAUUUUUCUUCUGAUCAUGACCCAUCAAAAAAAAUCCUUUUUCAUCUUCCAACAAUUUUUGCCUAUUAUGAUCCCUAGUAUUGCCUCUAACAAUCUGUAGUCUACAGAACAGCAAUUUUCAACUGGUGUGCCACAAGAAUUUUUAUAACAUGCAAUACCUUUCUCUCUCCCUCUCUAAAAUCAAUAGGUAAAAACUGAAAAACAAGAAAUGCCAAGACUAUGUUUAAUGCCCAGUAGGGGCAGCACAGGCAAGAAACAACCAAUGGAUGCAUGGAUAAGUGGAAUAACAAAUAGAUGUUUCUCUAUCUCCAUUCCUCAGUCUCCCUCUCUAAAAUCAACAAAAAAUUAAAAAUCAACAACAGCAAUAAAACAUGCAAUACCUGACUGUUUAGUCAGGGGAACAGACUGCUUUCCCUUUAGAUCAGGGGUGUGAAACUCAUUUUCAGUGGAGGCCACAUCAACCUUGGGAUUGCCUUCAAAGGGCCGAAUGUAAUUUUAGGACUCUAUAAAUGUUACUACUCCCUAACAGUUAAAUGAGAGCUCAGCACUGCCGCUGGGUAGAAACAAGGGGCCAAGCCAGAUAAAACAAGGUGGAGGGCUGGAUUCUGCCUGCAGACCUUGUGUUUGCCACCUAUGCUUUAGAUUGUCAAAUUUAAAAAAUGACAACGGCCAAAAACAACAGGCAUCCAGUGUGAAUGAAUCAAAGUUAUACUUUUCUCUGUUAUAUUGGCAAAAAAAUAUUUUUGGUGUGCCACAGAAUUUUAAUAUAGUUUAUGGGUACCAUGAAAUAAAAUAGGUUGAAAAUCACUGCUGUAGAAAGUUCUAUUGGACAGCACUGGAAUUUAAGGCAUGUAUUUUGUAUUCCUCUCACCAUCAAUAAUAAGUGACUCAACUUGAAAUUACUUCUAUUUGACUAGUUUGCUUAGUUGAUCACUAUAAAACUCUUGGUUCUACAAAAUUUACUCAGCACCAAACUAAGAUCAGAAUAGUUUCAUGGAAGAAUCCCACAUAAACUAUUCAUUUAAGCCAUCAAAUCAUAGAUUUUCAUGAUUCUCUUUGACUGUAAUCAUGGAUUACUAUUAACUGUGGCAAGGCCUUGAUAGACUCCAGGGAAUAUCUAUUCUCAGGUGAGCAAAACACCUUAUACUAAAUGAAAAUUAACUG